CUUAAAGUUCGAUUCCACCAGAAGACGACGGCGGAUUCCUCUUGUCCAGCUUGGCUUUACUCGAUGAUUCAUGCUGAAGCUGUUUCCGUGGCAAUCUUCUUCAAUUUCGGUGACUCGUUGCUUGAAUUCUGUUGUGAAGAUGAUAUUUUUGAUGCUCUGAUAAUAAGAUUGCCCCGUAAACAGCAUCAGCAUGAAUGUUCCAGUAAAGCCAAUCGACAGCUGGUCAACAGGAAUCGGACGUCGUCUUCUCGUACACCGACCUUCAAAUCUCUUUACCCAACACUGCCACUCGAAAUGGAAGUGAGCUCAACAAUUACGGGCUACAGUGUCGGUCUCGCCUCAACUCGUCUCAUCACUACCUCCAGCGGGACUCAAACCGUGACAGGACAGUGCAUGAUUGUCGAUACGCCAAACACUAUGCCACUUUGUCAUGAUUUUUUUGUGUGUCACAGGACAGAUGUGAAAUUCAAGGAAGGCCAGGCAUUUUGCAAUAUCACACUCUAUGUCAGUCUUCCCGGUGGGAAAGGACAGACGCUCGGUCGAGAGGGUAGGAAUAGAGAAGUGAUGUCCGCUGGUUGUCGCGGCGAUCGGCUUUAUGCGUUGCAUUCGCAAAAGACGUCUGAAAAUGGGCUUUUCACAAUCAAGUCGUCCUGGCCUAUGAUCGGUUGGUGGCCAACAAACACACGAGCCGAACUGCACUUGCUCCCAACACCGUCGAGGGCGUCAGAAGGGAACAUCUUCAAGACAUUCCGAAAGUCGGGUUACUAUGACGUUGGAUUAGCUUUGUUGAACAGGCUUGUGCGAUUGAAAGAAGCCUAG